AUGUCGAAGCCAAGCAAGUCGCCGGGUCAUGCUUUACCAUUACCUGGUGUAACGGAAUCUUCUGCGUUGACUGAGGUAGCUGGUAGUCCGCCUAGAAGGCAGCAGCGCGCUGGGAUAGAUUCCAUAAGGCCACCAAGUCCAGACAUUGGUACGAUUCUGGCGACUACUCCUAGACCUAGACGGCGGUCGUCUGCUGCUUUUGCUCCCUCUUCAUUCCGGGUACGCUCUAGGACUAGCUCUGUCACCAGCGUGCCGUCAAGUUGGCAAGGCAAUGUUGAUGAAGCCGCGACCAGUUCUCCACUCGGCGGUUUGAUGGACGAUGGCGGGCUGAAGGAGGUCGACUCGGACAUUGAUUCACAGUCAGGGAAGGAGCUUGAAGGAGACGGGAGCGAGUCUGACUCUAGUAUCGAUCUGCAUACUCCUUUACCGCACCUCAUGUUUCGUGAUGGCCUCCUCUCUCCGCGCUCGAAGCUUCUACCUCAUGGGCCUGGCUCUGCAUACUCCUUGGACAAUGACGAUAUCGUCAACGACUUGGAUCGCUCAAGAAGCGUUCUAAGUGUUGCAUCGACAGCCGGAUCGGUCAUGACAAAAUCGGGUCUGUUGUACAAGGACCCGCGCGAUACGGCACGACGACGUUUGCGCCACCGCGAUGGCCAUCUUCUUCGUGCGGGAAUGGGACUGACAACUGGCCUCGGCUGGAGUGACAGUGAGGAUGAAGACGCCCCGUCGAUGCUCACCCGUCGCCUCAUCCACACGUCGAUAGCCCGGCGCCCGUCGACGUCGCUUCCACGCCCUCUCUCAGAAAUUGGUCCUUCAUCAGUUGACUCUGUCGACUCGAGUCCGUCGCAGUCGCCGCCGCCUACAAAGUCAUCGUUCCGUAUGGGACCUUCUGGUGCCCUUCACCGUUCUGCCUCGACGUCGUUGUCCAACUUGCGUCGCCCUAGCAUGACGGAAAGCGGCGCUUUGGGAAAUGCAUCAUUGACUAGAAACAGGACUGCGUCAUCCGCCUCGAUUACGUCUGCUUCGACAACCUCUUCUACAGCGGUUUCUUCUACGUUGUCUUCAACCAACCCGGGAGGUGUGCAGGCAUUCCGGCGCAUAGUGCGCCUACCCAAGCCAGCGGAUGUGCAGAGCAUCAUUUCGAGACACAAGCCCAAGUCAUCUGCAUCAGCGAGCACCAGCUCGAUCGCAUCGAUCCAGAAUGCUGCGCUCUCCACUCCACUCGCACCGCAGAGCAGCGGCCUACGUGUGCCUGCCUACCCGUUGCGCACAGCCAAGUCGUCAGAGAUACCAGGAGGUGUCCGGAACAGGACCGUGUCCACAGCGUCCAGCACCAGCACCGUUUCCAUGCACUCACACACGUCAGGGUCGUCCACCAGCACGGCAUCCGCAUCGAACGCCACGACCACCGCUGCGAACAUGCGUCCCCUGCGGCUUCCGCAGUCUGCUAGCAUUCGCCGCCCGGCAGGCCGUGCUCCCUCGGGGCCUGCUCCGCGCAUUGCAAGUAAGAAGGGAAUAUCGCUGGACGGCCAGCGUGCGAGGGCGUUAUCCACCUCGCAGGUUUUCGCUAGUCCAUAUACCACUGGCGCCGCGCAGGCUCGCUCGUUCUCGCCAUCCACAUUGAGCUCGCCGACUUCAUAUGGUGGCAAGCUAGCCUCGCCUCCGCUCUCGCCCGUCCCAUCUCCGCCUCCCUCGUCACCACGAGUGAGACCACUCGUCCCCGGGCCGCGGCCGAAGCCGCGGACCGGGACUGGGAUGACGUACCGGACGUCAUCCUACGCGAGUCUGCAGGCGGAGGCUAUACGUAUGCGGAGCGUGUCUGUCUCCUCGUCGAGCGUUGGGGUCAGCAACAUGUUCUGA